CACAUAUUCGCUGAGUUGUGAAUCGUUGGGGGGGGGAUAUGGCCAUAUGUGAUGCGGUGAUUGGGAAUUUGAUGAUGAUAUACGUGGCGGUGAUAGCGGGGAUAAAAGCUUAUGGUUUAGUGUGCGGGCGGAGCUUCGGUAGUGGGUUUGUGCUGAUAGCGUCGAGCACGGUGGUGGGUUUGAUAUUCGUCGGGGCUCUGACGUGGGACAUCAGUCGUAAAGCCACGAAAGUUAUUUCUGGCGGUGAUGAUGAAGAUGGCGCCUCCGUUGAAGUUCAGGAGAUGUGUAAGGGUGGCAUAUGCUGGCACGGCGUGGCUGUUCGGUCCCCCGCUUCUCAGGUCCUGUUUAGGCUCCCUCAUCAAAUUCCACAAGGCCCUUCGUAA